CAAAUCAAAAAGCCAAACACGGCUAAAUUCAGGAGAUAAGAAAUAUUCUUCUUAUUCUCUCUCUCUCUAUAACGGUAAAACAGCAAAAAAUGGCGGUUUCUGCUCGGCGCUCAACCGGACCGGUGUUACGUUCACUUUCGCCUGCCGGAAGAUUUUAUUCGUCCACCUCUAGGACGUCGUCGUCUUCUGCUUCAUCCAUACAGUUCUCUCUGGACCGUGAGAUGUCACCGAACCGGUCUAUUUCUGUUAUGAACCGGGAGAGUAUUAGGAACCGGCAGUACAAAUCUCUACCUCAGAAGAAGGCGGCGUGUAUGUGCUCGCCGACGACACAUCCAGGUUCAUUCCGUUGUAGUAUGCAUAAGAAAAUGGAUGUUCGAAGGAGCAGAAGUAGUAGUGGUACUCAAACAGUAUCGUCGUCUUAUAAUUCGAAUCCGAAUCGGUUGAAUAUGAGGCGGUCGGCGAUGACAAAUUCACUUGUACGAAUUGGUACUGUUGAAGGCGAGUUGGUGAAACGAGCUUUGGCUGCUUUGAUUCGUCCUUCUUCACAUCAACAGCGCCGCCGUUUCGGUUUUCAGCGUCGACCGAGCCGGCUUUCUAAUAUGUUUAGAACGGAUGAGCCUGUGGAAUGCUGACCUCAGUAAAGAUGAAGUGACGUCAGCAGGUAACAAGGCGGCGAAGCAUGGCGGCGGAUCGAGUGACUGGGUGGAGGUUGGAACGGAACUGUUUUUUGGUGUAAUCCGGUCGGCCAAAACCUUAAGAUCCGAUUGUGUAUAUAUUCUCAAUACAUUAGGAAAUUUAUAUAAGAUCGAAUUAUACAGUUUUUCCAUUGA